GGAGAUCGAGCCGCGGCACGCAAGCGAUCGACGCGGCGGUCCUGUCGUCAUCAGCGAGGCGCCGAACUUUUGAUUGACAUCUCCGAAGUCGUCCACUCCCACGUCCGCACGUCCAUCGCCAUGUCGAAUGCCUCAAUAACGUCUCAAUUCGAUCUGUACGUCCGGUAGCCGCCUCGUCUACCCCUCGCAGCCAUGCGCGCCCCGCUGGCUUUCUCCGCAAAGGCCUGGCACGGCCCAGGCAACGGAGCCCUGUUUUCAAAUAUACAGUCGCGCAUCUCGACGACAGCACCCGCCAUUUCGAGAUCCUUCGCUACGACGCCGAUACCGAAAGCCUCAAUACCCAAGGCGUCACCGAACAGCUGCGCGCCAUCCCUCUUCGCCCCGUCAUCAAUCCUCCGAUCCGCAGUCGCGGGCACCACACGUCACAAUGGCUUACAAAGCCCGGCUCGUAUGUUCACUACAUCGCGACUGCUAGCGGAAGCUUCAAGCAAUGCCAAGCCUGCGAGGCAGCGUGUAUCAUACCGAGAGGAAAUCAAACAAAAGGGCAUCGUGGACCUGGAAGAACACGAUGGUGAGCCGGAGAGCGAGGAACAAGGCUUUGCGAAGUCUGAAAAGGCGGCGCAAGCAAAACAGGUCAAUCUGAGCGCCAAACUCAGCAAAGACGGUUCUGGCUCCAGUGGUGCACCAGGUGGCAUGAAGGAGAUUUGGAGACUGAUCAAAAUUGCCCGACCUGAACUGGGCGUACUCUCCUGGGCCUUCCUGUUCUUACUUCUUGGUUCUGGCAUUUCUCUCUCGGUACCCUUCUCGAUUGGCAAGAUCUUGGACGCCGCUACCUCGACUGAAAACACCAAUGGUCUACUCUUUGGUGUAUCUCCAUCUAUCUUCUACUUCGGACUGGCAGGUGUCUUGACGACCGGCGCUGCGUUCAACUUUGGACGUAUCAUUAUCCUACGCAUCGUUGGAGAACGCAUCGUCGCACGUCUUCGAUCCCAGCUCUACCGCAAGACCUUCGUCCAAAAUGCCGAAUUCUUCGACGCCAACAGGGUUGGAGAUCUCAUCUCCCGUCUCGGUUCGGAUACCAUCAUUGUUGGAAAGAGCAUCACGCAAAACUUGUCCGACGGUCUACGUGCGCUCGUUAGCGGUGCAGCUGGUUUCGCCAUGAUGGGUUUCGUCAGUCUGAAGCUUACCGGUAUCCUCGCCUUGAUCGCUCCGCCUGUCGCUCUCGUCGCCUUCUUCUCCGGUCGGUCGCUGCGAAACCUCAGUCGUAAAAUUCAGAAGAACUUGGGAACGUUGACCAAGAUCGCCGAAGAGCGGUUAGGGAACGUCAGAACAAGUCAAGCCUUCGCUGGAGAGGUUCAAGAAGCAUCACGAUACAACCGGCAGAUCAAGAGGAUAUUCGCGCUGGGAAAGAAAGAAGCCGUGGUUGCCGCGAGCUUUUACGGAAGUACUGGACUAAUGGGCAACCUGACCAUCAUCUCUAUCUUGUAUGUCGGUAGUACCAUGGUCAAGAACGGAGUCAUCUCCAUCGGUGAACUCUCCUCAUUCUUGAUGUACACCGUCUAUGCUGGUUCUAGCAUGGUUGGUCUUUCCGGCUUCUACGGCGAGAUGAUGAAGGGCGUUGGAGCUGCCAGUCGUCUCUUUGAACUCCAGGAUCGCAACCCAACAAUAUCGCCUACCAAGGGUUUGCCAGUCAAAUCGGCGCGCGGACCCAUCGAAUUCAAGAACGUCAACUUCAGCUACCCAACCAGACCUGCGGUAACCAUCUUCAAGGACCUCAGCUUCAGGAUCGAGCAGGGCACCAAUGUAGCUAUCGUGGCACCCAGUGGAGCUGGAAAGUCUACAGUUGCCAGUCUUCUUCUGCGUUUCUACGUCCCGAACUCUGGAACUGUCACAAUCGACGGCCGAGACAUCACCACCCUGAACGCGAAGCAGUUGAGGAGGAAGAUCGGUUACGUCGGCCAAGAGCCCGUACUCUUCUCUGGCACAAUCGCAGAGAACAUCGCAUAUGGCGUACCCAACGCUACACGCGCUGAGAUCGUGGCUGCUGCACGCAAGGCCAACUGCCAGUUCAUUAGCGAUUUCCCUGAUGGCCUUGAAACACAUGCCGGCGCCAGAGGUACUCAACUCUCUGGCGGCCAGAAGCAACGUAUUGCUAUUGCACGAGCACUCAUAAAGAAGCCCGACAUCCUUAUCCUCGACGAAGCCACGAGUGCUCUGGACGCCGAGUCUGAAACUCUGGUGAACCAAGCGCUUAACAAGCUUCUCCAAGAAAACAACACAACUAUUAGCAUCGCCCAUCGUCUAUCAACGAUCAAACGGUCCGACCGUAUCAUCUGCAUCGACUCUGAAGGUAGGGUAGCCGAGGAAGGCACCUAUGAACAGCUCAGCUCGAACCCAGAGGGCGCAUUCAACAAGCUUAUGGAAUGGCAGAUGAGCGGCGGUGAUGUGCCUGCUAAGGACGUCAAGGCCCCAAAGCCUACGGAAGAAGAGGAAAUUGAGCGAGAGCUUGAUGAGGAGAAGGAAGAAGCUGCUGGCCGCAACCGCGUCUAGUGAAGCUGUAACUUUAUUUGUAUCACAUUCAAUGGCAGUCGUGGCGAUUUUGCGCGACUCUCCUGCUUCUUCAUGGAAGCAACGGUGGGCAAGUCCGCCGCCACCAACAAUGAACCCCCACACAGCACCAGGGUUGCUGCACGUUUCGGCUCAGACACGCAUUUCAAAAGCAAGAUGCGCUCCGCAGGGAGACCAAAGAGUGGUCGCCCUCUUGCCUGACGCUAUUUGAGUGGUACUAUUUGAUCAAACAUGAGAACUUCUACAAUCAAGUUCCCAUAUUGCCACUAGCCUUGGACAUAGUAUCACGUUCUGACUGCCCAAGCAUGUGAGGCUUGCAGCUAUAAUCAAACAAUCAUUCUCCUCUC